AAAGUAUAUGAUAGUUAAUUAAAUUUAAGAGGAAUUAAAAGAAUACAAGAACAAGACAUUACUAGCUAAAACUCACUUUCUGUUUUCUAUUUAGGUUUUGUACAUGAAUUAAACUAGUUGUUAGGCUUAAAGUUGUAAAGUCCGUAGUGUAAUUAAGACAAAAUGCAGAGCAUAGGCUGGACGCUGAUCAUGAAGCGAGGCUGCUUCUGCCGGAAGGAGACCCUGAACAUCAACGGAUCCCGCUACACAAUCCGCGACAGGCUGGCGACAGGGGGCUUCAGUCUCAUCGACCUUGGGGAAAACGCCUCCACGCGACGGAGCUAUGCGAUAAAGCGCAUCACCUGCCACAGCAUCGAUGACCAGAACAUCGCGCUGCGGGAAAUCGAAAACUGCCGAAAAAUCGACUCGGAGAACGUCAUCCGGGUGGUGGACUAUGAGCUGAAGGGCCAGGCGGACAUCGUCAUCAACACAACGAGCACCUUGUACAUCGUGCUGCCCUACUACAAGCACGGCUCUCUGGCGGACCACCUGCAGCUGCGCUCGCGGAAACAGGACCACAUGCCCGAGGCCCAGAUCCUGCAGAUCUUCCUGGGCGUCUGCGAGGGUUUGAAGGCCAUCCACGAGGCCAAGCCAGUGCCGCUGGCCCACCGCGAUCUGAAAACGGCGAACAUCUGUCUGUCGGACUCGUUCGAGCCCAUUAUUGUGGAUCUCGGCUCCAUGACGGAGGCUCGACUGCAGAUUGUCGGCCAGACGGAUGCCCAGCGGCUGCAGGACGAGGCAGAGGAAAGGAGCUCCAUAGUCUACCGGGCUCCGGAGCUAUUCACCGUAAAAACCUACUGCACUAUCGACGAGAGGACGGACAUAUGGAGUCUUGGUUGUGUGCUAUAUGCAAUGUGCUACUUUAAUUCACCCUACGAUCCCAUCUACGAGCGAGGCGACAGCGUGGCUUUAGCUGUGCUUAGCGGUAACGUCAACAUUCCAGAGGAUUCCAUCUACACAGAGGACAUGCACGAUUUAAUUAACUACAUGCUCCGCACCGAUCCAAUGGAACGGCCGUUCAUCUUCAGUGUCAUCGAACGCACCCACGAUCUGAUACAGAAGCUGGAGGGUCGCUUGUAGCUCCCACUCACCGAAUUCCAACUCGUCUAUACGCAUUUUUCCGAACCAGAUACACCGCUAACUGUUUUUGACUAUGUAUUAUUGUAAAAUAAUUUUAAACCUUCAGAGAUUUUGUGAAA